AUGGAUGGUCAUGGAUACUCACCUCCAACAAUUGAACGUAACAAAAAGGGGAAGAACCACCGUCACGCGGUGGUGGAUGAUGAUACGAUCAAGUGUAGUGGUAAGUCAUGCAGAUCAUGUAGUGGUGGUUUAAUCGCGGAUUGCGUAGCAGUCUGUUGCUGCCCGUGUGCUGUAGUAAACAUUUUAGCAUUGGCAUUUCUAAAGAUCCCCUGGAUGGUGGGAAGGAAAUGCUUGAGAAUGGUGAAAAAGAAAAAGUUAGAGGACAAGAAGAGGAAACAUGACAAGAGUAUUACUAUUACUGAUAGUAUUGUACAAGAAGGAAUUCAUGUGGAACAAGAGUUAAAAGACAGUUUUAGUACAACAAUUGAUGUAGACCAAAUUUGGUUAGACUUGUAUCAAGUUGGUAGUAUGGGUUUUGGCAGAGUUUCAUUCACAGGAACUAAUUAG